GCGGGUGCAGAUCGAAUGGGUCAACGUGAGAACCUGUCAUUGAUUGAUUUACGUAAGAUCAAUAAGUUGUAUGCGUGCGAUGAGAAGAGUUCAUUCUGGAACUCGAUCAACACGGCAACAACCUCACAGGUGUUCGAAGAGUCACUCUUCGUAUUGAAAGAAUUCUCGUAUCACUGCACGGCUUUCAUCGAAUUGUAA